GGUACAUUACGUUCUGACGAACCGGUAUCUGAACUCUUUGGAAUUACUUAUAGAUGAGUCGUGGUCCGGUACAUCUUAUCUUAUUGUAUUUAAGUAGCUAGCUGUAUUUAUUGCGCACAAAAUGUUAUGCUUUAGUGGUCUUUCUGUCGCCCUUGCCCUUGCUUUGCUGCCCAGUACCAUCAACGCUUUGAAAGAUGGAGAGUGUGAAGUAUGUGUUGGUUUCCUUGGGCGGUUUUAUCAGUCACUGAAAGAUAAUGAUGCACAGUUCACCAAUGAAGCCAUUGAAAAGGCCUUAAUAAAAGCUUGCAAAGAUGCCAAGGGAAAGGAAAACAGACUGUGUUAUUACAUCGGAGCAACAAGCGAUGCAGCCACAAAAAUCACAAAUGAAGUCUCCAAACCCAUGAGUUACCAUGUGCCAGUGGAGAAGAUUUGUGAAAAACUGAAGAAAAAGGACAGCCAGAUCUGUGAACUGAAAUAUGAUAAACAAGUGGACCUGAGUACAGUGGACUUGAAGAAACUAAAGGUUAAGGACCUGAAGAAAAUUCUGGAAGAAUGGGGAGAAUCAUGUAAAGGCUGCGUGGAGAAGUCCGAUUUCAUCCGCAAAAUAAAUGAACUUAUGCCCAAGUAUGCACCAAAUGCAGCCAAAGCACGGACAGAACUGUAAUCUCUCAUGUGGAAUAUGGGACCAAGGGAGGGGCCAAAGGCAUCGUGGGUGGAUAAUUUGCGCUGUGCAGCCAAUGAACCACCUGAUAGUCUGACAAGGUUUUUGUUUUGUUUUGUUUUUUUGUUUUGUUUUGCAAAGGGAUAGAAUUUUUUAUUUCAUUCUAAUAUUAUAUAAAUUAGAAAAAGGAGGAAGGUUCUAUCACAAAUUGUGAUACUCAAGUGAAAAGUCUUUGCUGUAAAAACCUGAUGUUUAUUACGGUUGUACCAUACUUUUUCAUUA